AAAGACUACAAAACUCGGCGUUGAUUGCAAGCGUGUUCUCCGUGCAGUGCUGUGUUUUGGCAUUUGUUUCGUAGAAAAGUUGCUCAAAAAUAGAACAACUUGCUCUUAGGUUUGGAUUGGACCACCCAUUGUCAAUCCAGUGUACAGGAGCUACUUUAGUGGGAGAAGUAACCGGUGAAGAUGUAUGCGUUCUACCGUGAAGCCCAUCCCCCGACAGGGGUGGAGCACUGUGUCUACUGUCAUUUCUUCUCACCAGAUCAACAGAACCUGGUGGUGGCCAAGGGGUCGGAGCUGACUGUCUAUACCAUGAUCACCAUCGACUCCAGCAAGCCAACUGACAAAGAUUCUAAACCGAAGAAGAAACUUCAGGAAGCAGCUACGUUUCAUAUCUUUGGUAAGGUAAUGUCAAUGCAGAGCGCUCAAGUGACUGGAUCAGGACGGGAUGCUCUUCUUCUCAGCUUUAUGAAUGCAAAGGUGUCCAUUGUUGAGUAUGAUCCCAACAUGCAUGAUCUCAAGACACUCUCGAUGCAUUACUUUGAGGAAGAUGAAACCAAGGAGGGUGUUUAUCGUAACAUCUACCACCCCAUAGUAAGAGUUGAUCCUGACCAUCGCUGUGCUAUCAUGUUAACCUAUGGUUCAAAGCUUGUGGUUCUACCAUUCCGUAGAGAGGGGUUGAUUGAAGACCUUGAUAAGUCCCUCAGUACGAGUACACGACGUGGAGCCUUGAUGCCCAGUUAUGUAAUCAGACUGAAUGAAAUGGAUGAUCCAAUCUGUAAUAUCUUAGAUGUUCAGUUCCUACAUGGUUACUAUGAGCCUACGUUACUCAUCCUCUAUGAGCCACUUCGUACAUGGCCAGGACGUGUAGCAGUAAGACAGGAUACCUGUUCAAUCGUAGCCCUGUCACUCAACAUGGCCCAGAAAGUACAUCCUAUCAUCUGGUCUCAGAGUAGUCUUCCUUAUGAUUGCAGACAGGUCCAAGCUGUCCCUAAACCUAUCGGUGGUGUCUUGAUCUUAGCAGUAAACUCACUCCUAUACUUGAAUCAAAGCAUUCCGCCGUAUGGUGUAUCUCUCAACUCACUCACAGAUUGGAGUACUGCAUUCCCAUUAAAAAUUCAAGAAGGCGUGAAGCUAUCAAUGGAUUGCACCCAAGCAACGUUCAUAUCAUACGACAGAUUGGCACUGUCCCUGAAAGAUGGAGAGAUAUAUGUUUUAACGUUGCUUGUUGACGGUAUGAGGAGUGUCCGAGGGUUUCAUCUUGAUAAAGCUGCUGCUAGCGUACUCACAACUUGUAUAUGUCCAGUGGGAGAUGGUUAUCUCUUCUUAGGGUCUCGUCUUGGUAACUCUCUGUUGUUGAGGUACACUGAGAAAGUAUCAGAAACCAGCUCGUCAGAGGCUUCAAAAUCUGGGGAUCAAAAAGCGGGUGAACCUCCAAGCAAGAAGAUAAGGAGUGAUGAUGCAAGUGACUGGAUGGCAUCUGACACCAAGUUUCUUGAUGAUCCUGAUGAAUUGGAGGUGUAUGGCAAAGAGGUUCAGAAAACAGGAACGCAACUCACAUCUUAUUCAUUUGAGAUCUGUGAUAGUCUUCUUAACAUAGGUCCAUGUGGUAACAUGAUCAUGGGAGAACCGGCUUUCCUCUCAGAAGAGUUUCAAGGUAAUGUUGAUCCUGACCUUGAGCUGGUGACCACAUCAGGAUAUGGCAAGAAUGGAGCUCUAUCUGUUCUACAGCGUACAGUAAGGCCUCAGGUCGUGACGACCUUUAACCUUCCUCAAUGUCUUGACAUGUGGACCGUUAAAAGCCUCAAGAAAACGAAAUCUGAUGAGAAAUCUGAAGACUCAGUGAGCAGCCCAGAUGACAAGGACAAACACGCAUACUUGAUCCUGAGCAAAGCAGACUCAUCCAUGGUUCUUCAGACUGGCCAGGAGAUCACCGAGGUUGCAGCUGGAGGAUUCAGCACACAGGCUCCUACUAUCUUUGCUAGUAACAUGGGUGACGAUCGCUACAUCGUACAGGUCAUGAAUAAGAGUAUCUGUCUAUUAGAAGGAGCGGAACAGAUCCAGCACAUGAUAUUAGAUGUUGGCUCUCCCAUCAAGCAAUGUUCUCUUGCUGACCCUCAUCUACUCCUACUGACUGAGAAAGGGGACCCUAUCCUCAUGACCCUUAAACCUGACCAACAAGGUACCAGUCAUCGCCUUCAUAUGACCAAACCAACACUCUCUCAGAAAUCCAAGAUUGUUGCAUUGUGCGCAUAUAGAGACACCAGUGGAAUGUUUACUACAGCAAGCCUCUCUGCUAAAGAAAAGACUAAUACAAGUGUUAGGAGGGAGAAGUCUUCAUCAAAAUUGGAAUCUAGUAGUCUCAAUACAAGUAGCACUGUUGACGAUGAAGAUGAGUUGCUUUAUGGAUCAUCUGAUCAUGAUACCAUCACCCCUGCAGCACCAGUGAUGGACCAAACAAGCAAAAGUGAAGAUGAUAAUGAGAAGAGCUCACAACGAGAGACUACGUACUGGUGUGUCUUCUGCAGAGAAAAUGGACAGUUAGAGAUGUAUAGCCUACCAGACAUGGUGUUAGCUUUCUUGGUCAAGAACUUUCCUAUGGCAUCCAAGGUCUUAGUGGACAGUGGGUCAACAUUCAUGACAGGAGAUCAAAGCCAGCAGCAUGAAAUGCUUCAGCAAGUUCAAGAAGUUCUCCUUGUCGGUCUGGGUCAUGAGAGAAAGAAGAUCUACAUGCUGGCUCUCGUCGAAGAUGACAUCAUGAUCUAUGAAGCAUUCCCUUACCACACAGUUAUACAAGAACAUCAUCUCAGAAUCAGAUUUAGAAAGAUCCCUCACAAGAUACUAAUGAAACCAAAGAAGGCUAGGACGUCAAAGAAAACAACAACAGAGGGCGGUAGCAAGACGGAGACGGAAACUGAACCAGAGAGUGAUUCUAAGACUCCAUCAAGACGUGUCAACAGACUUAGAGAAUUCCACAAUGUUCAGACGUACUCUGGGGUUUUCAUCAGUGGUUCACAUCCAUACUGGUUGUUUGUCACGUCGAGAGGUGCCUUACGUACACACCCUAUGCCUGUAGAUGGCGCUAUAUCAUGCUUUGCUUCAUUCCACAAUGUCAACUGCCCAAACGGUUUCUUGUACUUCAACAGAAAGGAUGAACUUAGGAUAUGUGUAUUACCAUCCCAUCUGUCAUACGAUGCCCCUUGGCCAGUCAGGAAGGUCCCAUUGAGAUGUUCGCCACACUUUGUAGCGUAUCAUGUCGAGACUAAGACGUAUGCAGUAGUCACAAGUGUACAAGACACCAAGACACACAUAUGGAAAGUAACAGGAGAAGAGAUAGGAGAAGAACCGGUAGAAAGAGAUGAUAGGUUUGUGCCAACGACCAAAGACACAUUUUCCAUACAGCUGUUCUCACCUGUCAGUUGGGAUGCUAUUCCUAACACAAGAAUUGAGUAUGAACCAGCGGAGACUGUAACCUGUUUGAAAGUUGUUAAUUUGAACUGUGAGGGCACCAUGACAGGAAAGAAAGGCUAUGUAGCCGUAUCAACCACACAUGUCUACUCAGAGGACCUGCAGACCAGAGGAUCGGUUUACAUCUAUGAUUGUAUUGAGGUAGUGCCUGAGCCUGGACAACCCCUUACAAAGAAUAAAUUAAAGCCCCUGUAUGAGAAGAGACAGAAAGGACCGGUUUCCACUCUGUGUGAAGUCAAGGGAUAUCUUCUUACUUGCAUCGGACAGAAGGUGUACAUGUGGCAGUUCAAGGACAAUGACCUGGUGGGAUUGGCGUUCAUAGAUACUCAGAUCUAUAUUCAUAAUGCUGUUAGUAUCAAGCAGUUCAUCCUGAUAACAGAUGUAAUGAAAGGAGCAUACUUCCUCCAGUACCAGGAGCAGGAUAGGACACUCUCACUUGUUAGCAGGGAUGCUCGACCGCUAGAGAUCUUUGGCUGUGAGUUCAUGGUGGAUGACAGACAGAUGGCUUUCUUAGUAUCUGAUACGGACAAGAACCUGCUCAUCUUUCAUUACCAUCCUGAAGCCCCUGAGAGUGUUGGUGGCGCAUACCUCCUGAGAAGGGGCGAUAUCAACAUUGGCUCGGCGGUCAAUACCUUUGUCAGAGUCCGAUGCAGACUGACCGAUCCCUCCACAGAGCAGAUCCUAUCAGGUCCAGUGGUCAGGAGACAAGUCGUCUUCUUUGCCACGCUUGAUGGUAGUUUAGGACUCCUACUGCCCAUGGUUGAAAAGACGUACAGGAGAUUACUCAUGUUACAGAAUGUCCUCACUAACAGUCUCCCUCACGUUGGAGGGCUUAAUCCAAAGGCUUACAGGCAUGUCCGGUCUCAUUUGCGUAGCCUUAGCAACCCUCAUCGUAACAUCCUGGACGGAGAUCUUCUCUUGAAGUUCUGUCAUCUCAGCGUCGUUGAGAAAAACGAGUUUGCAAAGAAGAUAGGAACAAACGUAGAUCAGAUAAUAAGUGACUUGAUGUUGGCUGAGAACCUGACGAUGCAUUUCUAAAAACUGUGAAUGAAGCCACACCCUUUGGCAGGACCAACAGAAG